AUGGACGCCGACUCGGUCGUCGCGUGCUGCAAGCGCGAGCAGUAUGAAGUCGCCAAGACGCUCCUCACGGCCGGCGCGAAUGUCCACGAGACCUACGGCAACAACCAACUGACCGCCAUGCACUACGCGGCCAUGCACGGCAACCUCGACAUGUGCAAGUUCAUCCUUGCGCGGCAAGGCUCGGUCCACGCAUCGGCCAAGGACGGCACGACACCACUGCACCUCGCGGUCGCCCACCGGCACCGCGCCGUCGCGCUCUUUCUUGUAUCGGCGGGCGCCCACGUCGCGGCCCACGACAAGAAGGACCGCCCGCCCUUUCUCCAAGCGCCAUGGCACGAGCUCGUGUUUCCAUGCCUCGUGUCGCCGCUGCAUGCGACGAUCAUUGCCAGCAUCGAGAAGAGCGCGCUGCUUCAGAAAGUGAACGUGGCCGCGUCGCAGUCGCUGCAGACGCUGUCGCGCCGCCUCGAGGCGCAAGCCCACGCCAACUUUGAGGCCCGAACGCAGCUUUACGACAUGCGUAAAUUCCGACACCGGUCCAAGGAGGUGUGUGCGACCUUGGCGGCUGAGAUUGCGUCGACGCGCGAGAGCAUUCGGUUGUCGCAAACCGCCAUCGCCGCGCUUGAGACCCAAGCCACGGAGCGCGCGGCUCUACUUGUGGAAACCGAGGCUGCGAUUCUCGACCAGGCCGACGAGCACACGCGCGUUCUGGCCGCCAUCGAUCGGAUCAAGGACGAGAUCACGGAGGUCGAAGCCAAGAUUACGGUCAUCACGACGCGCAGUCAAGAAAAAUACGAAGCCAUCAAGUCGAUCGCGCUCUUCCCGCAGUCGGAGCGACUCAUGGAACAGUCGUGUCGCGCCAUCGUGCGUCUCGCGCCUUGCGACGAAAACCGGCACAAGCUGCUCGUGAACGGACUGCUGCCGACGUGGCUGCAUAUUCUGGAGCGUCAUGCGCACAACGUCGCUAUCCAAGCCCACGGCGUGACCUUGCUUCUGCUGCUACUCGAGAAGACAGGGUCGCUGCCCAUAGAGCAGCUCGCACGCUGCAUCGAGUGCAUUGCCCACGCACUGGGGACCCUCCGAAGCUAUACCGCUGUGGACUAUGCACAGGCCAUUCACCUCGACAGUCUCCAGCGCCUCCUCACGUUUGCUUCUGCCAGCGACGUCGCCGCGCACAGUCUUCGCUCGAUCGAGGACUCGAUGCAGCUUCUUCGGAAGCGCAACCUCCCUCCCUUGCUGCCCGACGACGAGCGAUGCCAACCGAGUAGUAGUACUUGCAGCUGA